AUUCACUUGUAAUGGACUACAUGGUGUUUUAUUCCAGAAGGCAGAACUGUUGGUGCUACCUUUAUUCCCAGCCUGUUUUGUUUAGGAAGUGAACGAUGUCACAUAAAUCACACACCCUUAUUGAUGACAUGUCAUUUUUUUAUCACUGUGGUAUCCUACAAGUUUGUUUCUCGAAACUGUAUAGGUGAGACUCAGAAAGAGGAACUCAUUUUCACAGGAUGACCAUGUACAGACACAAUACACUCUGCAAACAGACAGCUGGAUAUCUAACUGGAAACUGUGAAGCAGUACUUGAAAUGUUCUGUGACUGCUGUCCCAUAUGGAAAUACCUCAGUGUAAACUUCUCUGAUUCAAAGCACAGGUAGCUGGAGCCAUCAGACCUAAGGACAGUCUUUAACUACACCUGUAAAUGUUCACUAAACUAAUUUAUUUUUUUGCUUGCUGUGGUGCAAAGUAGUAAUUAAUGACUGAUGCACUGGUUAAAACAUAAGAAGGAACUGCCAUAGUUCUGUUUCAGUGUUAUUUAAUAGCUUUAAAACUGACUGUUGCAAAUUUCUAAUGUACACUAUGAAAUUUGUUACAGGAUCAACAGAGAAGGGGGAAAGAAGAAGGAUUUGAUGGUACCACAGACAUAGCAAUGGGGAAGGAUACGCUGCAGCCUGGCACAGAAGAUGAGCAAUGGGCCAUGGUGAAGUGUUGUAAUGGGCUUCAAAAGGAGAAGCUUUUAGUACCUCUGGAAAGUGAUGGUUUGAGGUCAGAGAAUAAGGAAUUGAAAGUUAAUUCUUAUGAACUUCAAAGAGAACAGAGUGCCCUCCAAGAAAAUUUGAAUACCGUUCAGAGGCACAAAGAUAAGUUACUAGACCUGGAGGAUAGGUUGAAAAUGAUGUUGGAUGAAGAGUCCAGUAUUCAGAAAGCUUACUACCUAUUGGCCCAGGAAAGAGAUACUUUGAGAUCAGAUCACAAAGAACUGAAAGUCAAUUUUGAUGAACUUAAAAUGAAAAGCAUUGCACUGGCAGAUAAUUUAAAUGCCAUCAGUGGAAAGUGUGAUGCUAUUCAGAGUGACCAAGAUAAGAUAGUGGGCCUGGAGGCAGAGAAAGAGGAAUUGAAACUUAAUUCUGAUGAACUUAGAAGAGAAUAUAAUGCCCUCCAAGAAAAUAUGAAUGCAGUUAGAGAAGAGUGUGGUACUCUUCAGAGUGACAAGGAUAAAUUGGUAGGCCUGGAGGGUACACUGGAAUUGUUGUUGGAUGAGGACUUCAGCAUUCAGAAAGCUUAUUUGCUAUUGACCAAAGAGAGAGAUACUCUGAGCUCAGAGCACAAAGAAUUGACGGUUAAUUUUGAUGAACUACAAUGGAAAUGCAGUUUGCUGACAGAUAAUUUAAAUGUCACCAAAGGAAAGUGUGAUGUUCUUCAGAGCAACAAAGAUAAGUUAGACCUGCAGGAUACACUGAAAAAGAUGUUGGUUCAAGAGUCCAGUACUCAGAAAGCUUACAUGCUAUUGGCUCAGGAAGGAGACAUUUUGAAAUCAGAUCAAGAAGAACUGAAAGUUAAUUUUGAUGAACUACAAAGGAAAUGCAAUUCCAUGACAGAUAAUUUAAGUGUCAUCAAUGGGAAGUGUGAUGCUCUUAAGAGGGACAGAGAUAAGUUAAUAAGCAUGGAGGAUAAAUUGAAAAUGGUGUUGAAUGAAGAGUCCCAUGUUCAGAAAGCAUACUUACUGUUAACCCAAGAAAGAGACACUUUGAAAUUAGAGCAAGAAGAAUUGAAUGUUAAUUUUGAUGAAGUUAAAAGGAAAUGCAGUGCCCUAACAGAUAAUUUAAAUGCCAUGAAAGGAAAGUGUGAUGCUCUUCAGACGGAAAGAGAUAAGUUGGUAGGAGUGGAGACAGAGCGAGAGGAACUGAAAGUUAAUUUUUAUAAACUUAAGACAGAAUAUAGUGCUCUCCAAGAAAAUUUUAAUGCUGUUAGAGAAGAGCGUGAUACUCUUCAGAGAGACAAAGAUAAGUUGGUAGGAGUGGAGGCAGAGCGAGAGGAACUUGAAGUUAAUUUUAACGAACUUAAGAUAGAAUAUAGUGCUCUCCAUGAAAAUUUUAAUGCUGUUAGAGAAGAGCGUGAUACUCUUCAGAGAGACAAAGAUAAGUUGGUAGGAGUGGAGGCAGAGCGAGAGGAAUUGAAAGUCAAUUUUCACGAACUUAAGAGAGAAUGUAGUGCUUUGCAUGAAAAUUUUAAUGCUGUUAGAGAAGAGCGUGAUACUCUUCAGAGAGAUAAAGCUAAGUUGGUAGGAGUGGAGGCAGAGAGAGAGGAAUUGCAAGUUAAUUUUCACGAACUUAAGAGAGAAUAUAGUGCUCUCCAAGAAAAUUAUAAUGCUGUUAGAGAAGAGGGUGCUAUUCUUCUGAGGGACAAAAAUAAGUUAGUAGUCAUAGCAGGUAGACUAAAAAUGGUAUUAAAUGAACUGUCCAGUAUUCAGAAAGCUUACUUCGUACUGACCCAGAAAAGACAUACUUUGAGAUCAGAGCAAGAUGAAUUGAAAAUUUACUCUGAUGAACUUAUAAGGAAAUGCAGUGACCUGGCAGGUAAUUUAAAUGUCAUCAAAGGAAAGUGUGAUGCUCUUCAGAGGGAGAAAGAUAAGUUUGUAUGCCUGGGUGCUAAAUUGAAAAUGAUGUUGGAUGAAGGGUCCAGGACUGAGAAAGCUUACUUGCUAUUGACUGAGGAAAGAGAUACUUUGAAAUUGGAGCAAGAAGAACUGAAAGUUAAUUUUUAUGAACUUAAAAGGAAAUGCAAUGUAUUGAUAAAUAAUUUAAAUGUCUUGAAAGGAAAGUGUAAUGAUCUCCAGAGAGAAAAUGACAACUUGGUAGGCAUGGUGGCAGAGCAAGAGCAACUGAAAGUUAAUUUUUAUGAACUUAGGGGAAAAUAUAGUGCUCUCCAAGAAAAUCUGAAUGCUGUUAGAGAAGAGUGUGAUAAACUUCAGAGAGACAAAGAUAAGUUGGUAGGAGUGGAGGCAGAGCGAGAGGAAUUGAGAGUUCAUUUUUAUGAACUUAAGGGAGAAUAUAGUGCUCUCCAAGAUGAUUUUAAUGCUGUUAGAGAAGAGCGUGAUACUCUUCAGAGGGACAUAGAUAAGUUAGUAGGCCUGGUGAGAAGACUGAAAAUGAUAUUGGAAGGAGGACCCAGAAGUGAGAAAGCUUACUUGCUAUUGAACCAGGAAAGAGAGACUUUGAAAUCAGAGCAUGAUGAAUUCAAAGUUUAUUUCAAUGAACUUCAAGGGAAAUGUUGUGACUCGAUGGAUAGUUUAAAUGCCAUCAAAGGAGAGCAAGAUGCUCUUCAGAGUGACAAAGAUAAGUUUGUAUGCCUGGAGGGUACACUGAAAAUGAUGUUGGACGAAGAGUCCAGGACUGAGAAAGCCUACUUGCUAUUCAGACAGGAAGGAGACAGUUUUAAACCAGAGGAACAAGAAUUGAGAGUUAAUCGUGAUGAACUUAUUAGGAGAUGCACAGCCUUGAUGGAUAAACAUAAUGCCAUGAAAGGAAAGUGUGAUGAUCUUCAGAGAGACAAAGAUAAGUUUGCAGGCCUGGAGCGAAGAUUUGAAAUGAUGGUAAAUGAAAAGUCCCGUGUUCAGAAAGCGUACUUGCUAUCAGCCCUGGAAAAAUAUGCUUUAGGAUCAGAGCACAAAAAGCUGAAAAUUAAUUUUAAUGCACUUAAAAGGAAAUGCAAUGCGGUGACGGAAAAUUUACACGUCAUGAGAGAAAAGUGUGAUGUUCUUCAGAGGGAUAAACUUAAGUUAGUAGACCUGGAGUGUAGAUUGAAGAAGAUGAUGGAUGAGGAGUCCAGUAUUCAGGAAGCUUACUUGCUGUUGGCCCAGGAAAGAGAUAAUCUGAGAUCUGAGCACAAUGAAUUGAAAGCUGGUUUUGACGAUCUUAGAAGUGAAUGUAAUACCCUGAAAAAAAAUUGAAUGUUAUUAGAGCAGAGCGCGAUGCUCUUCAGAGGAACAAAAUUGAGUAAGAUUGGAGGCUACGUUGAAAAUUAUGUAAGAAUAACUGUAACAUUUCCAAACGCUCUCUUGAUACUAUAUCCCCCAAAAAGAAAUACUUUAAAUUCAGAGCGAGAGGAUUUCAACAUUGAUUUUGAUGAAGUUUAUAAGAGCAUGUUUUUACUUCAAAAGACAAUUUUACUGCCAUUAAGAGAAGAAUGUGUUGUUCUUCAGAGGCAGAAAGAUAAGAUAGCAGGCCUGGAGGUUAGAAUGAACAUCUUUGGAAUAAAGAGAAAGAGUCUUAAGUGUUAUCGAUCCAGGAAAUGAAGAUGAAGUCAGAGGCAAUGAGAAUUAAAUCUGUCCUUUGAAAUCGCUGAUGAGGUGAACAAGGUCCUGUCUGUAGUAGCGGAUGAGACAGAGUCACUGAUGGUUAGAACUGAGUUCUUACACAGAUGCUGAAAACAAUCAGAAGCUGUGUCUGAAUACUUGAGUAUGAAACAAGACAUCUGUGAAUCAAGGAAUGUGUUAAUGCUGAACCUUCAGGAUGUCAUCAAAUUAUGUUAACAGAAAUGGAUCUGAGUAAUCUCCCAGGACACAAGAUUAUUGACUAUGCCCAAAAAUGAAUCAAAGAUUAGGCUUCUGCUUGGAAGGAACGUUUGAGAUGUGCAGCUCUUGCAGAUGGUGACAGACUUGGUGCAUCAAACAGUGAGAACUAAGGCCUGAUUGUGAAUGUCCUUACAUCAGUUCUGGUUUUGAUUUCACACACUGUACUUCCCCAAAUACAAUGUACAUUCCUCGUCUUCAUAAAUAAUAAAAUCAUGAAUUGUGUAUCUUAUGUUCAUUUAAGAAAGUUCUGUAGAAGCUGGUAGUUACGCAUCUCGGCAAGACUAUUCCCUGUCCUUGUUGAAUGCAGUUUCCAUGAAAUGUGGUGGUAAUGGAUACCCACUGAUGCAAAUGGACAGUAGGCAGGCAUCACCUUCCCAGUUGAUGGCAUAACCUUAAAUUUUUUGUUGAAAGUGAACUGGAAUGUUUCAAUUCCAGUUGUGAAAAGCUUUACGCGAUAAACACUAACUCUGCUCUUCAGUACCAUACACCUCAAGCAUAGUUGCCAUUUUAACUAAUGAAACCAGCCUUAGAACAUCUGCAUGCAUGCCUGCUGCCUAGACUUUUUUAUUUUGAUAAAAUUAAUGUACAUACAAUAGACGCCUAGGCAGUGCCCAUCCAGUCCCCUGUAAAACAGUCUUAUAAACAUCUUAUUCUAUAACAGUGGUCACCCCACGAUUUUUGAAUGUAUCUCUUAACUCUAAGAGUACUACAUAGACUGUCAUAAAGCAGAGCUGUGUUUCUAUCUAGUGAUACACAUAGGGAACCUGUUAUGUCCACUACAACUGCUUUACUUCCAUUUGUGGCUGAUUUACUGACUCUCCCUCAUAAAUUAAGUUUUUUGUGGUUUCCCUCUGCAAAAAUGCCAGGAUAAUACAUCAAUUAGGAAAGCACUGCUUCCUUCCAAAUUCAUCAUCUGUCAUUUGACACUGCAGGGUACACAGUACUAAGAGUGUCAUAAGAACAUCACUGCACGCGGGCGCGCACACACUCAUGACAGGUAAAUUGCUGCUGGUCCUUGCAAGCAUGGUCAUUCUUGGUCCUGCAGGACUCACAACGAUAUUCACUGUAUGUUAAGUGACUAACAUACACAUGCAUGCAUGUAUGAGGGUCGUACUGAAAGUCAUGAGC